GCGGAAAUGACCGUUGGCUUUAAAUUAGAAACUCCUUUUUUUGCCUCUGCCUUCAAAAACACGUUCGUCGCCGCAUCAUGACCUCGCAGCUCGGCAACAUCUCACUUAUCAUUCCGCAAUGUAUUAUCCGGCCUCCCUCGCAGCCCUGUCGGCCUUAGUUGUGCUAUCAACCGCCUCACCCAAUGGCUGGUCGUCGGUCAAGUCGGCUCCCGAUGGGCCAAACAAGCUCGAUGAGUGCGGGUGUGGGCUCAUCUACCAAACGAUGCUCACUUGCCAGAAGCUCAAGGGGCCGAACAGCGGCGUCCGAGACUGCGCGUGCAUCCCCAACCCGGACGGGUGGUACGGCUGGAUGAACAACUGCCGGGCGUGCCUGUCGCCAGGCUCGCUGGACAACGACGACUUCUUCGACAACCUCUCCCGUACCAUCAGCCAGCUGUUUGUCUCCUGCACCGAGGCGGGGGGCGGUAUCCAAAGCGACGGCGAGAGCAUCUGCGCGAGCAACUACUAUUUCGAGGCCUGCACGUCGCUCAAGGGCGACGGACAGCUGAGCUGGGCGAGCUACGAGGUGUUUGCCGAGGGGGAGAAGGGGAACGGGACGUAUGUCUUGGAUCUUGCCGAGUCCCAGGGGAGUUCGUCGGCGACGGACACUGCGACGCCAAAGACUACGGCGACAUCAAGUGUCACUACCGCUGCGGACAGCUCAACAACCGUCACGACUACAUCGUCAGUUGUUGAUGCGACUGGGACAGAGACAACUUCUGCGGCAUCUGAGACGACAAGCCCUUCGUCGGCAAUGGGCUAUGCGGGGACCCGAUCACAGACUGGGCGUAUCAUGGGGCUGGGGUUGGCGGUGGGGGUUGCGGUCAUUGUAUUGUAGAAUGUGCAAGCUCAUUGUCCACGACGACAGCAUAUGUGUAUUAGUAGCGUGAGCAGGUGAUUGUGAGGAAGCAACCCAAAUUUCAUUGGAGAUGAGAACUAUCUUGGAAAGUGUGUCUCUUGGAACCUGGUUGUGAAUAUAGAGCUAGGAUCGUAGGAGUUAAUUGCAC